AUGAGAUUAGAACUAGAAAUGAAGUUGCAAUCAGCUACAAAGGUAAAGCUGAAAUUAGAAAGAACUGUGAAUAGUCUACGAAAUAAAGAAAACACUUUGACUCGAGAACUUCUGAAUAAUAAGGCUAUUGAAGAUACAUUAGAUCAACAGAUUAAAGAGCUAGGCAACGAAUUAUCACAAAUGAGAAGUCAAAUAGCUAUCGUAAAUGUUUGUAAGGAGUCCGAGAAGGCAAAACUAGAUGUUUAUGCGUCAAAUCUAGAUAACCAUAUGGGUGGUUAUAGGAAAUUGUUUGAAAAAGAAAGAGACAUUUUGGAAUCACAGAGGGAGCAGAUUCACCAAAAAGAGACAGAAGAGAAAGAAAAAGGAAGACAGCGGCUGGCGGAGGUUUUAGCGAAAAAUGAACAGCAAGAGAAAGAAGCAAUCUCUAUCGAAAAAGAGUGUAGUUCCAUAGAACAAGAAUGUAGCGUGUUAUUGAAAAGAAACAAAGCAUUGAUGUUAAAAUUGCGACGUAAACUUAUGGAAACAGAAGGUAUUAGACGCCAGCUAAUGAAAAACUCUGAAGAAUAA